AUGAACAUAGGUAGCUUAAACGAAUUUUUAGACUUUGAGUGCAAGACUUAUGAAAAGCAUAUUUAAUAAGUUAGAAAUUAUUCAGUGCCUAAUCCAAUUGAGAAAGUCCAAACCAAGUAAAUUAAGUCAAAUCGAGCAAUAGAAUUAUUAACGUUAAGAAAUAAUAUUCAACGAUAUAAUCAAUAAUUAUAGGCAGCUUUUCAAUAAAGAAGGAAAAAACCUGUUUAAAAAUCAAUGGUUGUUGAAAAACCUCAGACAGUUAAAAGACAUUAAUUGGCAUCAAUUUAAAUAAAAUCUCCAAAUUAUUUAGGUCUGUUUGAUAAAGGCAAAGUGUUCGAUGAUUCAGUUCCAGUUUCAAGCUUAAAGCAGAAACAUCACUUACUAAAAACUGUCAAUGAUGUGAAGUAAGAACAAAAUAAGGAUAAAAUAAACUCUUUGAUUGAUCAAGCCUAUAUUAGAAUGUAGGAGGAAUUCAACAAUCAUAGUCAAACAAGAUCAUAGGAGAGAUAGCAAUAUAUCACAAAAUAUGAAACUUAUAAUAAAGUACAACAUAACAAUGAGGAAAUCAAAGUUGAGGUUGAGAAUCAAGAAAACAGCGAAGCUUCUUCUCUAGAGAUGGAAGUACAAACGACUAGGAAAUUGAAAAAAACUUAAUUGAAUGAAGUGAGGAAAAAAUUAGAUGCGAAAAAGAUAAUUUAAUAAUUUCCAUAAAAGAGAUGGAGUAAAAUCAGAAAUCUUAGUUAUUCAUCACCCAAUGAAUACAAGACUUAAAAUUAAUAGUUAGAACUUAACAGUAUUAAAUUUAUCGAAUAGAUAAUUGAAACUGGUAAAAAUAAAAAGAAAUAUACGGGUGACGCCAUUGAUAAAUUAGAAAGGAUUGCCAAUUAGUUAUUAGAUUGA